GCUAGAAGGCGGAGAUUGAUUGUAAUUUACAGCGCGUGGCUCUUUUUCUCAGAGUUAUUACUGACGCGAUGUCUCAGAGAGUAAAUUCAGCAAACCUCACAUGUUCACCAGCACACUCUGAACCUGAGGAUUUAUAAUCACGAGCAAUUGAACGGUACCAAUGAGGGGUGAAAUAUUCACACUGCUCGUCACGUGGCCAUGCCUACAAGCUCUCUUCACUGUGGAGUCGGAGCAAGAUUCCUACGAUGGAGAGCUGCAUGAUAAAAUCACGAUGGGAUGCCGUUUUUCACACGUCCCGAGCGUCUCGCGCAUAUCCAUCAUUUGGCAGCGCGUCAGUCCCCUAGAGACAGUGGGAGUAUAUCAGCUGGAUAAGGGCAAUGAGAACCCCAACUUCACCAGUGUACAGUAUCAGUCACGAGUGCGGCUCCUGAAGGAGGAGCUAGAGAAAUUUCGGGCGGUGAUCGAGCUCUCCCAGCUUCGUCUGAACGACUCGGGAACCUAUCAGUGUAUCGUGAUCCAGGAUGAGGUUGACUACAAGCAGACCAAACUCACCAUCCGAGCACCAUAUAAAGCAAUUAAGAAGACCGUCAGGAGGCUAAGUGAAAAGGAAGUGGAGCUUUCCUGUGAGUCCCAAGGCCUCCCGUUGGCCCAUGUGGCUUGGAGUGAUGGCACGCUCAGGGAUCUGACAAACCGCUCGGAGAGCAGCCAUGAAACAAACAGCGAUGGUGUUUUUGUUGUCACCAGCCAAUUGUCCGUCGCAUAUGAUGUCAACAAUUACACCUGUUCCUAUAUGACCGAUGACAGCAAAACGAGCCAGACGGCUACGUUCAGUAUCCCAGAUGAAAUUCCAGAGAACAGUAAAUUGACCACAGGAUACGCAGCUAUUGCCGUGAUAGUCGUGAUGUGUGUGGGUUUAGUCUUGGCCUUGCUGAUUCUCCGCAGGAAAAAGAAAGGGCAAAAAAGAAUGGACAUCUCAUCUGAGGAAUGUGAAUCACCUCUACAAAAUCUGACUGUUACGUCAACUGACCAUUUACUUUCAAAGUCUAACUCCAGAUUCGAUUCUCUGACUUUUACAUCAGAGUAUAAUGUGCAAGACAUGCUAAAGCAAAAAUAUGCAGAGUUUAACAAAACUACAGAGAUGAAGACUGAUUUCACACUCCCACAUAGACUUCUCUCUGGAGAAAACCAGCAUGUCGACAUCCACUCCAUCCUCCCAGGCCCGAGGGAAACUGUGCUUCUGGAGGGGAAAGAAGGAGCCGGUAAAACCUUCAUAGCCCAAACCCUGGCUUGGUCUUGGGCUGAACAGUCCAGUUUAGACCUUUUCAACAUCCAAAAGCUCCAGCUUGUGAUUUUAGUAGACGUCAAGGGAGAUGGAGGGGAGUUCUUCCAAAUGGUUAACUCCAAGAUCCCAGCAGAAGCGGGACUGCAGAUGAACAAACUAAAAGACAUUCUUCUAGGGGACGGGGACAAUCUCAUCAUACUGGACGGUUAUAAAGAAGGGGACAGAGAACUGGAUAAGUCACUUAUUAAGUUUCUAAGAGAGAGAUGCACAUGCAGGGUGCUGAUCACAGCGUGCCCUGGAGAGCAUGGCAUCCUGGGAGAAACGGACAGGAAGGUAGUGAGGCUUCAUACGCUCCCUGUGCAAGCGUGAGUUCUCGAAGGAGUGUUCAGAUUCAAGGAACUGUUUUAAAGUCCUACAUAAUGUCCCACUAGAGAGUGAAAGGUUGCUAGUGUUGCUUGAGUUUUGUCUCGUGGGUCUCGCUACAAUUAUAUAUAUAUAUAUAUAUAUAUAUAUAUAUAUAUAUAUAUAUAUAUAUAUAUAUAUAUAUAUAUAUAUAUAUAUAUAUAUAUAUAUAUAUAUAUAUAAAAAACAUACACAACUCCAAAGGAUAACCAUUUUAAUUUAUAUUGCAUGCUAGGCUUUUGAACUUUGUUAGCAAAGCAACCUAAAUGUACUAGCUAUGCACACACACACACACACACACACACACACACACACACACACACACACACACACACACACACACACCAGAAGCACCAACCAGCUUUGCCACAUCAUUCCAAGCUUUAUUUUACUUACAGGAUGCAUACGACGAGCUGCAAAACAUUGUUAAAAAUUUGUGCGUCGAACAAUAAAUAGGAACAAAUAUUUCUCCAUUUUGUAAUUCUGUCUUCUGUAAGUCUGUUUUUGUAAUAUAGUAUACAUUUUGUAAUUUAGUUUCUCUUUCUCCAUUAGAGGUUUUAAAUGUUUUGAUGGCACUUUUUGUUUUUACCUCAAUCAAAAGUCAUCAGAACUGAGUACCACGAUGAUUAAAAUGUAUUUUAAGAAUAUUGCAACGUGAUAUUUUUUGCCAUAUCGCUAAGCCCUGUUUGAUACAGCAAUGCGCCAUCAACUGUACAUAAAAACAGAGAAAAACUUUUAUGCGAUGGUUAAUUUAUAUUGCACAUUAAAAAAAAGAACCUUAAAAUAGUGUCAUGUGCACCAGAGCAGUGUUUAUAAUUUCAGCUUUCUGUACAUUUCUGUAUAAUAGCUUAAAUGUAUAUACUAAGACACAUCUGUACUGACUGUAAAGAUUUUUUUUCUUUUAUUGGAUUUCCGUUUCUUCUGUAUUAGUUGCACAACCUCUGCCGGGAUUUAAUGACUCAAGCAACUUCUCUUAACCAAGUAAGGAAAGCACAGAAAUAGUUCACGCAUUUUCCGCCACCACAAAAGACUGACAUGGACCAAAACUUUUGCACUGCACUAUUUGUAGGACACAUUAUUGUGUUUUGAAUAAAAUCCAUGUUUACUAUA